GAAUUCGUCUUUUCAUUUCUUUUUUUUUGCCUAAAACAUUCUCUUGAAAGAGAAAAUCAUUUUUUUUUGAAAAUUAAAAUCAAAAUUACAUAAACACGUGUAAUUCUAGUCGUUUUCUAGUUUAUUGUUCACUUAAGUGUGAAAAUUAGUUAAGAUUAGACAGACCGGUUAAAUGAUUCUAUCUUCAUUAAAAAGAAAGAGAGAGACAUGUUUUGUUUUUCUUGAGUGAACGACUGAUAGGCUCCAAAGGUCGCUCGAUAAACGAAGAUAGAACAAAUGUGGCGUACUGCGCGUGUGUGCCUUUGGAGGGAAAGGAAAAGGUUGUGUACCUGAUAGUAUAAUAAAGUGGUACCCCCAUUGAUGAGACUCAAAUCUUAAUUUCAAAAAAAAAAAAAUCCAAUAUUUUUUGAAUCAAAAAUAAAAAAAGAGGGUGAUUUUUUUUUUACCAUGCAACCGGUUGGACAUAGUGUGCCGUCGUCACCCUCGAUUGGAAAGACGAUAUCAUUCGUGCGAAUCUAUCAAGGUCCAUUGCCAAAAAUAGAUUGUCUAUCCUCCUCUUUGAAACUCGCGAGACUAACUGGAAUAAUUUUGUGAUUUUUUUUUAUAUGUGAUUAAAUUGAAAGCUAACUGGAAGUGAUAGUGUUUUUUGGUGAUGGUAUAUAGUGGGUCAGAAACUGUUGAGAGAUUUUCUAAAGGCGCCCGGGUGCGCUAAUAUAUAUAUAUAUAUAUAUAUAUAUAUACAUAUGUGUGUCUGUGUAUGUAUAUGUGUGUAAAAACGACAUACUCUCUUGUGUUACUUUUGUGUGGACCUUGAAAGAUGGGCGUACUCCUAAUGGCGGAAGGCAUCCACCCUCGCAUGGAAUUGAACCCGGUCAAAUUGUCUUCAGACAGCACUCAUGUGACCGGUGUGAGUAACAAUAACAAUAUCAUCAACAGCAAUAGCGGUAGCAAUAACAUCAUCAAGAUCGAUGUAAACGAUUCAUCGUCCAUGCCAAUCACGUCAUCGCAAAUGAUUGACAACGUCGAUGGAAAAGAUGACCCGGCACGUUGGAUGCCACCACCACCAAAGAAAAAGUGGAUCCGGCAUUACCUGCUUGAAGAAGAGCCGCUGGAAAACGGCAGAACCAAUGGAAAUCAUUCAACGGGUUUACGUGGAAGUCCUGUGAUCUCAAAUUCCCGUGUGACACCACCAUCGGCUAAUUCCGGCCACUUAACUGCCUUGCACUCCUCACAUCAUCAGUCUCAUCACCAUUAUCAACAAAAUAAUCAUGACAGUAUGUCCAAUCAUAUGGACAAUCACAAUUCAAAUCAUACACAUCCACCAAGUUCCCUUUAUGUGGACAUUGAAACAAGUCACGAUAGCAAGAAAAGUCGAAAUGGACCAUGCGUGAUUCGUUCGGGAACAAGAGAAGUGCACAAUAAAUUGGAGAAAAAUAGAAGAGCACAUCUUAAAGAAUGUUUUGAGAUGUUAAAAAAGCAACUUCCUUCACAAGAUGAAAAAAAGUCAUCGAACCUUUCCAUUCUUCACGCUGCGAUCAGACACAUACAGGCUUUAAGAAAAAAGGAACGAGAUUAUGAGCACGAGAUGGAAAAGUUGGCGAGAGAGAAAAUUGCAGCUCAACAAAGGCUGGUAGCUUUGAAAAAAGAUCUUGCAGCUACAUGGGAUCAUAUCGAUUUCAGCACCUUAUUACCAGAACAAAAUUCUGUAGUCGAUACUGUUGUUUCAAAAAAUGUUUCAGAAAGUAUGGACGUAGACGUGACUGGUCUCGCUCGAGGCGGAACGAGGUACAGUAGUACAAGUAGUUUGAGUAGUGCAGCAACUGCCAGCUCACCCCAAACACUUCAAACGACGAGCUCAACUUCCAACAUUCAUAAUCAAGUAGCCACUGCUGCGGUCGUAUGUCAAACACAAGGUCUAAACCUUGCUCAAGGUUCCAGAGAAAGUCCACCAGCCAGCUCCAGCCCUGGAGCAUCAACGCCUAAUAUCCCUACCACUAUUCAGGAGAAAGUGACUACUUCACCAACAAUUGUACAUCAAUCACAGCAAUCGUUUCAGCAACAAUCACCACCACAACAACAACAACAACCCCAACAGUUGCAUUUACCAAUUAGUGCGCAAAUGUUAAGCACCAGCCAAGGAUUGGCAACAAUUGUGCCUACACUUCAGCAUCUAGGCUCAAAUUUAAGAGUAAUACCAGGCGAUACAAGGCAAUUAUUGGUGACUCAUACAACUGGCAAUAAUGAGUCGCGGCCUCUUAUCGCCGUUCAGUCAAAUACUGGAAAUGAGCCAAGGCCUAUGGCUUUGGUCGUUCACUCGUCCACGGCAAACGAUAGCAGAGGGAAUAAUGAGACGCGGCCACUUAUUGCCGUGCAGUCAAAUUCUGGAAGUGAGCCAAGACCGGUGGCUUUGGUCGUUCACUCGUCCACGGCAAACGACAACCGAGUGACGUUUGUGCAUUCUAAUUUGUCCAACAACGACAGGCCGUUGGCCCUUGCUGUUCAGUCCUCAUCCAAUGACGUAAGGCCCGUCACGUUUGUUCACUCGGGUAACGAUACUAGACCACUGGUUCUUGCAACACAUUCUCCAGCACUCAGCGCAUCAACUGCUCAGACAAGGUUAAGGACAGGCGACGCUCAAACGACACAUAAAAUGGUUGGUGGAGUAACACUCGUGGGUGGCAAUGGAUCCGAGUUGACCAGAUUGCCUGGAGGAGCAGAACUGAAUAUUCUUCCAGCAAAUGGUGUGUUCCGUUCCCUCAAGGCUCAUCAACCCCUCGCUAUACAAGGAGGAUUGGCCUUGAGCCAUGCGGGAGUUUCACUUCAAUCAACCACGGGGAAGGGGAAUUCAACAACAGCGGCAGUGGUGCAAAAUGCUCCGUCCACAGAGGGUAUUGCUCACAUUGUUGGCCAGCAUACACCUCUAUCAGGUUUAACGCCAAUUGUCACGCCAAUGGCCGUUGUUUCCCAGGGUAAUCAAGUGACAGCUCACAUAUUGGCGCCAUCGAGUCUUGCUGGAAAAAUGAUAACAACGCCAAUUCUCAAAUCCGUGGGACCUCUUGUCAACGCUCAGUAUCUUAAUACCACCGCCCUCGUUAAACCCGUUGUAGUUGUAAGUUCACCAUCAAAUUCAAUGACGUCGGCAACGACGACAUCUUUUACACAGCCGCCGCCUUCUUCUUCUUCCUCGCACUCAUCGAGCGUCUGACAAAAUUUCAUCAAAUCAAGAACCAUUGUUUGAAAUAAGGCCAACAAAUCGCAUCAACAUUGGAUGUAAAUGCCUUCUUCAUCAUCAUCAUCAUCAUCAUCAAUGUGAUUGUGAGUUUGUUCUCUGUCUGCAAUUUUUCUGAUGAUGAUCGUGAUUCACAUCGAGAUAAAGUUAUUAAGAAUACCAAGGAUUCUGUUUAUUCAGCGUCUGGGGUGCGCGUACAUUUUUCGAGAAUCAUCAAUCUUUUAGAAUUAAAUCAAAUUUGCGAAUGCUCAAAAGAAGAAUGUACUUUUCAAUGAAAGUACAUUGAUAAAAUGAAAAGUAUUAAUGAUAAUUUCGUGAAAUAUUCAUUUAAGAGUGUUCAACGCUGAAAUUCUUUGGCAUUUAAUUAUCGCCCUAUAAAAACGGCACUGAACGUGAAAAUGAUGAACAUUGAUUUUUAGAAGAAUUGUUAUCUUAUAAAUUUCCCAAAUCUGAAAGAUUUUUCGAAUUCAUGUAAAAACGCGAUUGCAAAAUUGGAAAUAGGAAAGUAAUAAUAAUAACAGCUGCGACUUUGUGCUUCCUGCAUGCUUCUGCCAUCUAACGGCAGCAGGACAUAAUGAAGCUGUCAUUAUUAUUACUUUCUUAUUUCCAAUUUUGCUAUCGCGUUUUUGCAUGGAUUCAAAAAAUCUUCUGGAUUUAGGAAAUUUAUAUGAUAAGAAUUCUUAGUACGUUGGUCGAUUUUAUAAAAAGUGUCCGUGUUUCAAGAAAAAAGUGUUUUAAAAUCAAUGUUUAUCAUUUUCACGUUCAGUGGCGUUUUUAUAGAACGAUAAUUAAAGGUUCCCCCUUUGCCAAAGAAUUUUAGAGACCGUUGAACAAUCUUAAGAAGGGUGGAAGCCCUAACGUAACCUCAAAACUAUAAUUUCAAACAAUUUUUGAAGAUCUAGUUAUACACUUUUUGGAAAAAAAUUAUGUAGAAUCAUAAUGUUUUUUUAAAUAAUAAUUUUUUCAAUUUUUUUACUUUUCUUUCAGAGCUAUAAAAGUUGUUAUUUUAGUCUGUUCUAAAAGAAAAAAGUCAAAAUGUUAAAAAAAUUAUUAUUUAAUAAAAGCUAGAAUCAUUAUAAUUUUUUCCAAAAAGUGUAUAACUAGAUCUUCUAAAAUUGUUAGAAAUUAAAGUUUAUUUAAAAUUUUGUUUACGUUAAAAACCAUUUUUCAGUUUUGAGGUUGUUAGUGCCUCCAUCCUCCUUAAAAAUCAAUUUUGAUUUGGAAGCAUUUUUUCGAAUUUUAUACUCUCUAAAUUUUUAUCAGUAAGAUUUCAAUGAUAAAAUAGUUUAAAUUUAGCAACCGAAUCACUUCAUUGAUAUUUUAGCUAAAAUUCAGUUUCAUUUCACUAAAAAUCAGAUAAAUUUUUACUGAUGCAGAUUUAAUUGUUCCAAUCAGUAAAUAAUUUAAGUCAUUUUUAGUGAAAUAUGACUGUAUUUCAGUGUAAAUCUUACUAAAGUGAUUUAGUUGCUAAAUUCCCACUAUUUCAUUAGUAAAAUCUCACUGAUUCAAAUUUAAAGAGUAAAAACAAAAAAGAAAUUAAUUUUUUUUUAUAUUUGAUGGAAAUUAUAUUUUUUUAAUUUAACAUCUUCAGAAGUAAAAUAUUCUUAAAAAGGUUUUUUUUUCUUGUAAGCAAAUAUGGGAAUUAGAUUUUCAAAGUAGUGAUAAAUGAGAAAUUUCGUUUCUCCCCCGUUCAUGUUAAAUUAUAUUCACACAUUUUCAGUUGCGACGUGCUUUUUAAAUAAGUUAUAGCGCGUCGUUGAUAAUUAUUAUUAAGACAAAACCUAUAUCCCGAAACCUCGUUCUCUCUCUGGGGAGAUUCUGGCAAACAAAAACCGACGAUGCAAAACGGC